UUGUCAGGCCAAGCGGUUUGAAGUGAGAGGUUGAGGCAGGGAGGAAGAAGCCACGGCGUCGGCAGCAGCCGGCCGGCGAGCACCCGGCCUGCGGCUCCGUCAGAGCUGCCCGCCGGCAGGGUCUGGCCAGCAGGGCAAGAAGGACAAUUUUGGUGAGAAAAUGUCUGGCCACGAUGACUGGUUUCAGAGUUCUCGGGUCCCUAGCUUUGCCCAGAUGCUGAAAAAGAACUUGGCAGUUCAGCCAUCAGCCCAGACGGUAACCACACCCACAGGAUGUUCCUCGGAAAGUUACAGCUUGUCGAACAUGACAUCCAAGGUUACUCAAGUGACGGGUAAUUUUCCAGAACCAUUGCUCUCCAAAGGUCUUUCAUCUAUUUCAAAUCCUCUCCUUCCUCCAAAAAAAAUACCUAAGGAAUUUAUAAUGAAAUACAAGCAUGGAGAGAUAAAUCCGGUAUCAGCCUUGCACCAGUUUGCGCAAAUGCAGCGGGUUCAGUUUGACCUUAAGGAAACAGUAACAACAGGUAAUGUUAUGGGACCAUAUUUUGCUUUUUGUGCUGUGGUGGAUGGUAUUCAAUACAAGACUGGACUGGGACAAAAUAAAAAGGAGUCUAGAUCCAAUGCAGCAAAAUUAGCUCUUGAUGAGCUUCUACAAUUGGAUGAAACUGAACCAAGAAUUUCAGAAACAUCAGGUCCCCCUCCUAUCCCUGCAGAACCUAUUGUUUCACCUGAACCAGUAUAUGUUUCAAAAGUACAUUAUGGAAGGAAAGUCCUUUAUGAUAAUUUUUUUUUUUUUAAGAAGAUAUUUGAGGAAGGGAGACAUACUCAGUUUGCAAAGAUUUCACAGAUCGUUAAAGAAACAUUUUAUCAACUAAUUUCUAAUCAUUCAGAGUGUCUGAAAUGUAGCAACUCAUUAGCUGCUUUUAUAAUUGAAAGAGCUGGACAGCGCGAAGUUGUAGCUAUAGGCACAGGUGAAUACAAUUAUAGUCAGUGCAUUAAGCCAAACGGAAGAGUGUUGCACGAUACUCAUGCUGUUGUUACGGCAAGGAGAUCUCUCCUUAGGUACUUUUAUAGACAACUUCUACUCUUCUACAGCAAAAAUCCUGCUGUGUUGGAAAAAUCAAUAUUUUGUACAGAACCAGCUUCUAAUCUGCUCACUCUCAAGCAGAAUAUCAACAUUUAUCUCUAUAUGAACCAGUUGCCUAAAGGAUCAGCCCAGAUUAAGUCACAAUUGCGUCUUAAUCCACGUUCUGUGUCUGCAUUUGAAGCCCAUGAAGAGCUGAGUCUCCAUGUGGCUGUUGAAGGCAAAAUUCAUCUGACUGUCUACUGCCCUGCAGAUGUUGUUAAUAGAAUAAGCAGCAUGGCCUCAAGUGACAAACUGAUGAGAUGGGGAGUGCUUGGUGUACAGGGAGCAUUGCUGAGUCAGUUUAUACAGCCAGUUUAUAUCAGCAAUAUACUUGUUGGUGAUGGGAAUUGCAGUGAUACUAGAGGCUUAGAAAUUGCUAUAAAGCAACGUGUUGAUGAUGCACUCACUUCAAAACUUCCAAUGUUUUACUUGGUCAACAGACCUCAUAUUAGUUUAGUACCUUCUGCAUAUCCAUGUCAAACAAACUUGGAAUAUAAAUUCCUGAGUCUGAAUUGGGCACAAGGGGACAUUUCUUUGGAGAUUGUGGAUGGCCUAACUGGGAAGACCACCGAAAGUUCCCCAUUUAAAAGUGGUGUGUCAAUGGCAAGUCGGCUUUGUAAGGCGGCAAUGUUAAGUCGAUUUAACCUGCUUGCCAAAGAAGCUAAAAAAGAAGAUUUACUUGAAGCUAGUACAUAUCAUGCAGCUAAGCAUAUGUCUGGAUCCUAUCAAGAAGCUAAAACUUUGUUGAAAUCCUACUUACAGCAGCAUGGCUAUGGCUCCUGGAUUGUGAAAUCGCCCUGUAUAGAGCAAUUUAGUAUGUGA